GAUCUAAAAGCAGAAACUCUCCUGUAUCCAGCUGUGUCCAUGGAGGGAGACGAGUCUAAGAGUCCACCUGGACAGCAGUCAGCUGAUCACAGGAACCUUCAGCAAAGAUCAGAUCCCUCUGGAAUCACAUCUGUGUCCAUGAAGAGUGACCGGUCUAUGGGUCGACUUAUUGACUUCAAAGAUGAACAGCAGUCAGCUGAUCCAAGACUUCAGCAGCAGAUCUCAGUGGUUUCCAGUCAUCAGUCUGAGCAGCAGCAUCACAAAGAACUGGACUCCAUAUUCAUGCUGCUGGAGGAGAACAUGGUCAGUUUUAUGAAGAAGGAGCUGAAGAAGAUCCAGAAGGUUGUGAGUCCAGAUUACCCAGAAUGCUCAGAGAGUCAGAAGGAGGAUGAAGAGGUGUUGGAGGGUGAGGAUGAAGAGCAGAGGAGGAGCAGCAGAGAUUUAUUCCUGAAGAUGACAGUGAACUUCCUGAGGAGAAUGAAUCAGGAGGAGCUGGCUGACUGUCUGCAGAGCAGAGCCCAUGCCAAGACUCAACCGUGCAACAUACAACUUAAAUCUGCUCUGAAGAAGAAGUUCCAGUGUGUGUUUGAGGGGAUUGCUAAGGCUGGAAACUCAGCCCUGCUGAAUGAGAUCUACACAGAGCUCUACAUCACAGAGGGAGGGACUGCAGAGGUCAAUGAUGAACAUGAGGUCAGACAGAUUGAAACAGCAUCCAGGAAACCAGACAGACCAGAAACAAGCAUCAGACAAGAAGACCUCUUUAAAGCCUCACCUGGAAGACAUGGACCAAUCAGAAGAGUGAUGACAAAGGGAGUGGCUGGCAUUGGGAAAACAGUCUUAACACAGAAGUUCACUCUGGACUGGGCUGAAGACAAAGCCAACCAGGACAUCCUCUUCAUAUUUCCAUUGACUUUCAGAGAGCUGAAUGUGGUGAAAGAGAGAAAGUUCAGCUUGGUGGAACUUGUUCAUCACUUCUUCACUGAAACCAAAGAAGCAGGAAUCUGCAGCUUUGAAGACUUCCAGGUUGUGUUCAUCUUUGACGGUCUGGAUGAGUGUCGACUUCCUCUGGACUUCCACAAGACUGAGAUCCUGACUGAUGUUACAGAGUCCACCUCAGUGGAUGUGCUGCUGACAAACCUCAUCAGGGGGAAACUGCUUCCCUCUGCUUGCCUCUGGAUAACCACACGACCUGCAGCAGCCAAUCAGAUCCCUCCUGAGUGUGUUGACAUGGUGACAGAAGUCAGAGGGUUUACUGAGCCCCAGAAGGAGGAGUACUUCAGGAAGAGGUUCAGAGAUGAGGAGCAGGCCAGCAGGAUCAUCUCCCACAUCAAGACAUCACGAAGCCUCCACAUCAUGUGUCACAUUCCAGUCUUCUGCUGGAUCACUGCUACAGUUUUGGAGGAUGUGUUGGAAACCAGAGAGGGAGAAGAGCUGCCCAAGUCCCUGACUGAGAUGUACAUCCACUUCCUGGUGGUUCAGGCCAAAGUCAAGAAGGUCAAGUAUGAUGGAGGAGCUGAGACAGAUCCACUCUGGGAUAAAAAGAGCAGGAAGAUGAUUGAGUCUCUGGGAAAACUGGCUUUUGAUCAGCUGCUGAAAGGAAACCUGAUCUUCUAUGAAUCAGACCUGACAGAGUGUGGCAUCAAUAUCAGAGCAGCAUCAGUGUACUCAGGAGUGUUCAGAAGGAUCUUUAAAGAGGAGACAGUCCUGUACCAGGACAAGGUGUUCUGCUUCGUCCAUCUGAGCGUUCAAGAGUUUCUGGCUGCUCUUCAUGUCCAUCUGACCUUCAUCAACUCUGGAGUCAACCUGAUGGAAGAACAAACUACAUCUCUGUGGUCUAAACUAUUCAGAAACAAACCUGAACUAACAUGUCUCCAUCGGAGUGCUGUGGACAAGGCCUUACAGAGUCCAAAUGGACACCUGGACUUGUUCCUCCGCUUCCUCCUGGGUCUUUCACUGCAGACCAAUCAGACUCUCCUACGAGGCCUGCUGACACAGACAGGAAGUAGCUCACAGACCAAUCAGGAAACAGUCCAGUACAUCAAGAAGAAGAUCAGUGAGAAUGUGUCUGGAGAGAGAAGCAUCAAUCUGUUCCACUGUCUGAAUGAACUGAAUGAUGGUUCUCUAGUGAAGGAGAUCCAACAGUCCCUGAGAUCAGGACGUCUCUCCACAGAUAAACUGUCUCCUGCUCAGUGGUCAGCUCUGGGCUUCAUCUUACUGUCAUCAGGAGAAGAUCUGGAUGAGUUUGACCUGAAGAAAUACUCUGCUUCAGAGGAGGCUCUUAUGAGGCUGCUGCCAGUGGUCAAAGCCUCCAACAAAGCUCUGCUGAGCAGUUGUAACCUCUCAGAGAGAAGUUGUGAAGCUCUGUCCUCAGUUCUCAGCUCCCAGUCCUCCAGUCUGAGAGAGCUGGACCUGAGUAACAACAACCUGCAGGAUUCAGGAGUGAAGCUGCUGUCUGCUGGACUGGAGAGUCCUCACUGUAAACUGGAAACUCUCGGGUCAGGAUACAGCUGCUUGUUGAUCAGUUAAAUCCUGAUUUAGGUUCAUGUUGGUGCACAAGUUUUCAAGGAUUUUCCUUCUUCUUCUUGAGUUUCUGAUAUGUUUUCUAUCUCCAGUCUGUCAGGUUGUCUGAUCACAGAGGAAGGAUGUUUUUCUCUGGCCUCAGCUCUGAGCUCCAACCCCUCCCAUCUGAGAAAGCUGGACCUGAGCUACAACCAUCCAGGAGACAAGGGAGUGAAGCUGCUGUCCGCUGGACUGGAGGAUCCACUCUGGAGACUGGACACUCUCAGGAUGGACCAUGGUGGAGAGCAGAGAUUAAAACCUGGUCUGAGGAAGUAUUUCUGUGAACUUGAAGUCGACACAAACUCAGUUAGUAGAAACCUCAAACUAUCUGACAACAACAGGAAGGUGACACAUGUGAAGGAGGAGCAGCCAUAUCCUGAUCAUCCAGACAGAUUUAACUACUGGAAUCAGCUGCUGUGUAGAAAUGUUGUGACUGGUCGAUGUUACUGGGAGGUUGAGUGGAGAGGAGACGUUUAUAUAUCAGUGAGUUACAGAGGAAUCAGAAGGAAAGGAGACACAAAUGACAGCUGGUUUGGAUGUAAUGAUCAGUCCUGGAGUCUGAGCUGCUCUGAUGAUGAUGGUUACUAUGUCUGUCACAAUAACAGAUCAACAUCCAUCCCCUCGUCCUCUGUCUCUAACAGAGUAUCAAUGUAUGUGGACUGUCCUGCUGGAACUCUGUCCUUCUACAGAGUCUCCUCUAACAAACUGAUCCACCUGUACACCUUCAACACCACAUUCGCUCAACCUCUCUCUCCUGGAUUUAGAUUGUGGUCUCCUGGUUCCUCAGUGUCUCUGUGUUCUCUGUAGGAAGGAGAGUCUUUGAAGUGACAGCAGCUUCAAC